AUGCUGUAUGGUGACCGUCAGGCUGUCAGACGUCACGCUCUACGCAAAGUGGACCUUGGACAAUAUGAGGGAAUCAUUUCAUUUGUAAAUGAGAACCAGAACCACUGGAAGCUCUUAUUUAUAAACCCUUCACAAAGCACUGUGUACUUAUUGGACCCUGCUCCAGUGUCAACGGAGUUGGCUGCAUCAUGUCUCGCAGCAAGACAAGUCCGAGACUUUUUCAAUAUGCAUCGGAACGUGUAUGGAAAAAGAGACUGGGAAUCUGUUACAUGGAAAGGAGGACAGAUCAACCACCCAACUCAGAAGGAUGGCCACAGUUGUGGAGUCAUUGUGGCAAAGAUGGCAAAAGCAUUGCUAGAGACAUUUCCAGCAAUUCCGACCAUCGAAUUCCCCACUGGCCAAUCCGAAAUGGCGGAAGAAAGGCGCAGAUUAGCCUCAACAUUACUUGAGGCAUCUGUGUUUGACGAAGAAAAUUCCUGUGGGAUGUGUGCAGGGAAUAAGCCGCCAACCCUACCCCUUUUUCCAGGGGGAAAAAUUAACUGGUUGCAGGCAACGGGGUAUAAGGAUCCUGCCCUCUUUGGCCCGAUUGGUGAUUCUGUGCCCCCCACUUGCGAGCAGUCUCUGAUGGAUACGCAGAUGUGA